AUGAAGGAGACAUUGCGGAGACUUCUGAGGCCAACGAGAGUGCUGUUGCCGGAGAUGCUGGAGGAACCGGUAGUUGGUGGGUUGAUUCACCAGCUCUUUGACGCAUCCCACAAUUGGUGUCAUUUGGUUAAUCGAGUUCGCUACUCUCGUUACUAUCGGGGCCCAGUGGAGCAUGGCACUGUGCAUGGACUUCUCUACCAGUUUUUGAACGAGGGCCUCUUGAAGGAGCCUUCGUUAGAGUGGCUCAGAAAUCGAUCUCUUCCUACGUGCAAAGGUCACCUCAUUCUCAAAUCCAAUGGAAAGUUCAGACUGAUUUCCAUUCCAACCUGUUUCAAUGCACGUUUCAGGCAGGCCGGUGGUUUGGUGGAUUUCCUUCGUUUCUUGCGUGAUCAGGUUUCUUUUGUCUUUCGACCAUCGCUACCAAAUAUACCUUCAGCGUUUGUGGCACUCUCCAAUCUUCGUGCCCUCUUUCCCAUGGGACAGAGGUUUUAUCUUGCACGGAUGGACAUUGCUGACUGCUUCAAUAGCAUUGAUCAUGGCCUUUUGUUGGACGUUUUCAAGAAGACGGUAAAGAAGGCAAUGCUCUUCUCCAAUACGGCGUUUUCCGAUCAGUUUGUCGUUUCGGAGCUAUCCUUCUUCCUCAAUAAUUAUGUUAUAAAGUUUGCUGGGUGUCGCCUCUUGCAAAGCAGAGGCAUUCCUCAAGGUUCUUGCGUAUCUACCGACUUGUCGAAUCUCUUUCUGGCUUACGUCGAUCGGAAAAGCCCAAUAAGCUCUUGCUUUUGGGACGCUGAACGAAAAAGGCCAUGGGGUGGAGAAAGACCGGAGGCUGGGAUUUUGCGCUUCCAUGAUGACUACCUCUACCUUGCUGCCUCAAAAGGGCACUUGAGCGCUGUGCGGGAUGCGCUGCUUGGCAAUCUGCACAGGUUUGGUCUUCGACCCAACUUCUCCAAGGAAAAUGUUGAGAGCGGCAAGGGUCCGCGAAUGUUCGACCGCUUUGGAGGCUACCCCUUGCCCUGGAAGGACUGUUUGUUCCGAUUAAAGGCCUGUCUUCAUACCUCGACUCACAUCAAGAUGGUCGCCACCCAAGCGGGUUUUGCUUCGAAUUCCUCCGUGGCGGAGGAGAAUGCAAGACGCAUUGGCUUGUAUUUCGGUCACCUUGUCAUUGUCUACAUUUGGUCCUGCCCAGAGCGUCAUGUCCACUUGGCAUCAAUUAAACGCUCUCGGCAACUUGCAAGUGAGUUUUUUGUUGAACAAUCAAUUUGCUUUUGUGGCAUUGAAUGCCUGGUGAAAAGUGAACUUUUGAUGUGA